CUUUAGGGUUUUUGACAGGGUUUAAGCGUUUUUUCACUCAUGGCAUCCAUCGAUAAGCAAAAGAGAGAAGAAGAAAAGGAACCGUACAGAAUGGAAGAAGAAGAAAAAGACGAAGAUAGCGAAGAAGAAGAAGAAGCAUGGGACGAUUGGGAAGGAGAGCGAGAAUCGGAAUUCACGUGUCUCUUCUGUGACUCCCAGUACAGUUCGUGCAGUUCCUUGUUCGAUCAUUGCGCCUCCCUUCACCAUUUCGAUUUCCACGCGAUUAGAGCAAGUCUCAACCUGGAUUUCUAUGCCUCCUUCAAGCUCAUCAACUUCGUUCGCUCUCAGGUGGCAGAGAACAAAUGUUGGAGUUGUGGAUUAACAUGUCAAGGCAAGCGUGAUUUGCAGAAUCAUCUGCAUGAUCUAGUUGACUUUAAUGAGAUAAAGGCUCUAUGGAAUGAUGAUAGAUAUCUAAUACCUUUCAUGCAAGAUGAUUCUCUGCUGUACAGUUUUGGUGAAUGUGACGAAGAAGGUGAAGAUGAGCAAAUUACACCAAUUGAUGAAGAUCUUAUAAAGGAUUUGAUGAACAUUGAUGAGAGAAUCUCUGACGAUCAUGAUGCUUCUGUAUCUAUUAAUCAUUUGAAUAAGGAUAGUUCUUCAAAAAGGGAGAUUGUUAAUGGUGAAGACUCAAUGGGACAUGCUUUGUGCAGUGAUAAGGAUCCAAAAAAGGGACCUUUAAUUGCUAAUUCUCAAAAUCACAUUGCAAAGCAUAUUAAGAAGGUCAAUGAAAGUUAUUUUGGUUCAUACAGUUCAUUCGGUAUCCAUCGAGAGAUGUUAAGUGAUAAGGUGAGAAUGGAUGCCUAUGGUCAAGCAAUUUUGAAGAAUCCCUCCCUACUAAAGGGGGCUGUUGUUAUGGAUGUUGGUUGUGGAACUGGAAUCCUCAGCCUAUUUUCGGCAAAAGCUGGAGCUUCCAGGGUUAUUGCUGUUGAGGCUAGUGCCAAGAUGGCAGCAGUGGCAUCUCAGGUUGCAAAGGAUAACGGUCUUUGGUGGAAUAAAAGCCAAAGUGGAAUUGAUGGUCUCCAAAAGGGAGUCAUAGAAGUGGUUCAUGGUAUGGUUGAAGAGAUUGAUAAAACAGUUGAACUUCAACCUCAUAGUGUUGAUGUAUUGCUAAGUGAAUGGAUGGGAUAUUGCUUGUUGUAUGAAUCCAUGCUCGGUUCAGUGCUUUAUGCACGGGACCGGUGGUUGAAGCCUGGUGGUGCCAUUCUUCCUGACACAGCAACUAUUUUUGUUGCAGGAUUUGGAAAAGGAGCCACAAGUCUUCCAUUUUGGGAUAACGUGUGCGGUUUUGACAUGUCUUGCAUUGGGAAGGAGCUUGUCGUAGAUGCCGCCCAAAUUCCUAUAGUUGAUGUUCUGGACUCACAAGAUUUGGUUACCAGUUCUGCGAUUCUACAGUCUUUUGACUUGGCAACCAUGAAGCCCAAUGAAGUGGAUUUCACUGCAACUACUACUUUGGAAUUGAAACCAAGUGCUUCAGCAACAUGGUGCUGGUGCUACGGUGUUGUCCUAUGGUUUGAAACCGGUUUUACGAGGAGAUUUUGCCGGGAAACACCUUCUGUGUUAUCCACAUCCCCUUAUACCCCAAGAACACAUUGGUCGCAAACGAUCUUAACCUUUAGAGAACCUAUUGCAAUGGGGUUUGGAAAAGAAAAGAGGGGUAGACUAGAAGCAAUUGGCACUGAGGUGUAUCCAGCUUUAAAUAUCGAUUUACGCAUUAGCAUUGUCCGUUCUACAGAGCAUCGCAGCAUUGACAUUUCCUUAGAAGCUGCUGGUGUUAGUCCUGAUGGUCAGAAACGUAGUUGGCCUGCUCAACUUUUCAAUCUGCAGUAGGAUACAUGAUGCUGAAACCGGGGAGGAUCAUUGUGCGGAGUUUUUCUUCUUGGAAGUUGGAAUCGGUUUUGGAAUGUUGCAGUUGUAUUUGCUGACCUUUAGGUUCCAAAUUUUUUGUUCCCUGGAAGUGCUCUACCCAGCCAAAAAUUACGUAGAAAAUGUAAUGUUUAUCCAAUUCAUGUUUAUGUAUUUGAUAAAACUACCUUCAGUUUUGUGUUUUUAUAUUGUUUUUCAAUUAAAUUUUAAUAUUCAUUUCA